AGAGGGGAAGGAGGGAGCAGACAGAAGGCGGGAGAGAGACCACAGGGGAAAGGGGGAGACCUGGAGGAAGAGACGCCAAAGAGCACUGCAGGGAAACAGAGACCGCCAGGCACUGAGCACAUCGUGCCGGUUAAUGAAUUGUGUACAUAGAGUGCGGGCUGCAGUGCCACGGUCACGUUGCAGAGACGGCUCGGGGAGCGAAUCAGGCGAGAGACAGCCAGUGACAGCCAGAGAGGAGGAGGAAGAGGGGCUGACACACUGGGAAUGGUGGUGUUAGAUUGGGAGAAAGAACCUGCACAAUGCAACGAAGAGGAUGGAGGAGUCGAAGCAGCGACAGAGAUGGUUGGGGUGCCUGGGGAGGAUAUAUGCCAGCCAAAGUACAGAAACUAGAUGAACAGUUUCGCUCUGAUGCACCACUGCUACAGGAAAAAGAGGGAACAUCAUCUACAAUAUUUAAUGGGGUUGCUAUUUAUGUAAAUGGAUAUACAGAUCCAACUGCAGAUCAGUUACGUCAUCUAAUGAUGUUGCAUGGAGGCCAAUACCAUGUUUACUAUUCUCGGUCUAAAACAACUCAUAUUAUUGCAACAAAUCUCCCCAACAGCAAGAUUAAAGAGCUUAAAGAUGAGAAAGUUGUACGCCCUGAGUGGAUAACAGAAAGCAUAAAGGCUGGACGUCUUCUUUCAUAUGUACCUUAUCAGCUAUAUACAAAGCAGUCCAAUGUUCAGAAAAGCUUAAAUUUUACCUCCAAGUGCAGAUCAGAUGAUCAGUUGCCAGGGCCCAGCAAUAUUACAAGGGAAACCAACCACAAAGUAAAUCAUUCCAUGAAGGAUAACUUUGUAACAGAGAGCACUGUUCAGCCAAAUGGGACAUAUGGAUGGGAAGAGGAACAUGAGCAAGGAGAUGAAGAUUUUGAACUGUGGGAUUUAGAGCAAGCGUUUUCUGAUCAUAUGCCUAAUGGAAUACAGAACCACAAAGGCAAUACAGCUGUGUAUAAUGGACACAGUUUCAGCUCUAAUGGUGCCUUAAAGUCACUGGAUAGCUCAGUGAAUUCUAGUAACUCUUUAGCAAGCAGAAAUAUUUCAUUGCAGCAGGAAAAGCCUAACACAGGCAGCAUUGACAUUACAGACUGCAUUUCAGAGCAGUUGCAACCAAACAGACACACAGAUAUUUCUUGCGAUUUGCAUAGAACUGCAUCAAGCUUGCCUUCUUCCUCAUCGUCAUGUUUGCACAGUAACACAAAAGUCAAUGGUGCUCACCACUCGCUCAAGGGGCCUUCAAGCACAAAAAGCACUACAGUACUUUCGCCCACACGGGCAGUCUCCCCACAGCUACCCAAGACAGUGGACUCCAAUUUUAUCUCAGACUUUUAUGCUCACUCCAGACUUCAUCACAUAUCUACUUGGAAGUGUGAAUUUACGGAAUAUGUACGCAAACUGCAGACACAGAGUAAUGGCAUCCUCCCAGGUCGUGAGAGAUUUAAAAAAAUGAAGAAUGGAUCCAUGUCCGUUUCCAGUCUAACCAAGUGCCAGAACUGUAUCAUACAUGUGGAUAUGGACUGCUUCUUUGUAUCUGUGGGUAUUCGCAACCGAGCAGACCUCAAAGGAAAACCAGUAGCAGUUACAAGCAACCGAGGUGCAGGGAGACAGUCAUCGCGUGAAGGUGCUAAUCCUCAACUAGAGUUCCAAUAUUAUCAAAGUAGGACGCUGAAUGGAAAAGCGGAAAUCCCCAAUAAACAGGAUCCAUCUAAUUCUGAAAUUUCACAUGGCACACAAAAAAAUGGACUGGAUUUGGAUAUCUCACAGCUGUCCUUAGCUGAAAUAGCAUCCUGUAGUUAUGAAGCAAGACAAGCCGGUGUGAAAAAUGGAAUGUUCUUUGGCAGAGCUAAGCUACUCUGCCCUGAUCUCCAAGUUGUACCUUAUGAUUUUGAUGCAUACAAGGAGGUUGCCAUGACUAUGUACCAAACAUUAGCAAGUUACACCCAUGACAUUGAAGCUGUCAGCUGUGAUGAAGCUCUAGCAGACAUUACUGAAAUCCUUACAGAAACAAAAUUGACUCCUGAUGAAGUUGCCAGUGCCAUCCGCAGUGAUAUUAAAGAAAAAACAGGAUGUGCUGCUUCCAUUGGAAUGGGUUCAAACAUUCUUUUGGCUAGGAUGGCAACCCGUCGAGCAAAACCAGAUGGACAGUACCAUUUAAAGCCAGAAGAAGUGGAUGAUUUCAUCAGAGGACAACUAGUGAAUAAUUUGCCAGGAGUUGGCAGAUCUAUGGAGCACAAAUUGGUGUCAAUGGGAAUUAAAAGUUGUGGGGAUCUACAAAAUAUUGCAAUGUCAAAACUCCAAAAGGAAUUUGGUCCGAAAACAGGGCUAAUGCUCUACCGAUUUUGCCGUGGAUUAGAUGAUAGACCAAUCCGAAAAGAAAAAGAGAGGAAAUCUGUGUCUGCUGAAAUAAACUAUGGCAUCCGAUUUACGCAGCCACACGAAGCAGAAGCAUUUCUCAUGAAUCUUUCUGAAGAGAUCCAACGAAGGCUUCAGUCAGUAGGCAUGAAGGGACGGAAAUUAACACUCAAAAUUAUGAUCAGAAAAGCUGGAGCACCCAUAGAACCUGCCAAAUUUGGAGGCCAUGGCAUCUGUGACAAUGUUGCCAGGACUGUAAACCUAGAUCAAGCCACUGAUAACGGCCAAGUGAUUGGAAAUGAAGCACUGAAUAUGUUUCAUUCAAUGAAGCUGAACAUUGCUGAUAUGAGAGGGGUCGGACUUCAGAUGCACCAGCUGGUUCCAGAAAAUAGAUCAUCUUCCUUUAACUCUUCAUCCAUAAAAUCUGGCCUUCUGACUGGUGGGUCUCGAUCUGUUAUAGAUAUGUUUCAAGGGCAAAAAGUAAAGAAACCUGCAGCGGAUGAAGAUAAUAAAAGGGUGUUUGUUGGUGCAGUGGAUGUUGAAGUGUCAUCUGCAUUUGGGACAUGUUCUUCAGUUUCCUCUUGUACGAAGUCAGUCACACCCAGUCAUAUGUUAAGUACCACAAAAGCCGAAUCCCCCAGUAAGAAAAAUGGUUUGCACUUUCCAGUGAAAUCACGGCUCAAUUUUACCAUUGAAGUUCCUUCACAGGUGGAUCCUUCUGUCUUGGAAGCAUUACCUCCUGAUAUCAGGGAACAGGUAGAGCAAACCUUCACCGUCCAAAAUCAGGUAACAUCUUCUGACAACAAAAAGGACCACUCAAAUGGGAGCAACACGAUUGGUUUCCAGCAGCAGACAGUGGCAACUGUUCUCUUACAGAUACCACCACUAUCAGAUCAAGGAGAAGAGACCGGCAUAAAUGUCAUAGCCCUUCCAGCCUUCUCACAGGUGGACCCAGAGGUAUUUGCAGCACUGCCUGUUGAACUCCAGGAAGAACUAAGAGCUGCUUAUGGUCAAAGGAACCGACAGACAGAAAAUAGUAUUAAUCUAAACCCAGCUUUUGUUUCAAAAAACCCUUUAUUGCAAUUGAAAAAGCAUGCUAUGAAGUCGAAAAAAAAGAGGAAAAAGAAAAAUCAAACAAGCCCUACAAAAAAGAUCCAGAGCCCAUUGAAAAACAAGCUCUUUAAUAGCCCUCUUAAAAAUUUUGUAACAACUGGAAGUCCUCUAAAACAAGAAGCCAUACCCCCUGCACAGUCUCAGGUUGAAUUAGGUGCUUCAACAUCAAAUGAUCCAGGACCACUGAAUCAAGCAGCCAAUUCCUUCAGAGCAAAACCUCCCAAUCUGGCUGGUGCUAUUGAAUUUAAUGAUGUGAAAACAUUGCUGAAAGAAUGGAUUACCACAAUUUCGGAUCCCAUGGAAGAAGACAUACUCCAGGUGGUAAAAUACUGCACAGAUUUAAUAGAAGAAAAAGAUUUGGAGAAGCUUGAUUUGGUUAUAAAAUACAUGAAAAGGUUAAUGCAGCAGUCUGUGGAAUCUGUGUGGAACAUGGCAUUUGAUUUCAUUCUCGAUAAUGUUCAAGUCGUUUUACAGCAAACUUAUGGAAGCACAUUGAAAGUUUAACCUUGAUAAAAGGUAGAGGAGAGCCUGGUGCCCUCUAAUUGAAUCGCUGUGCCAUAAGUGCUUGUAAAGUAUUGCAUGAAAUCAAUGCUCAAACUUUUAACAACAAAAUAGUUUUAAAUUGCUUUUCAUUGAGAAAAUGUUCUUUUUGUACAUUUUUUUUUUCAUUUUCAGGAAGUGCCAAAUUUGUCAGUAUUGCAUGUAAAUAUGUGUUUCAAAUUCUUUUAUUGUAGAAUAGGCUCUAUUUACAAAAUGUUUAUAAAAAUUU